AACAAGUUCCCAGAGAGGCAGCCGAUCAGCACUUCGGCGCAGGGCGGCGACAAGGAUUACAUGGAGCCAUCGCCGGCGCCGCUGUUCGAGCCGAGAGAGCUGACCUCGUGGUCGUUUUACAGAGCUGGGAUCGCCGAGUUCAUGGCAACUUUUCUGUUCCUGUACAUCACCAUUUUGACGAUGAUGGAGGUUGUUAGCUCCAAAUCAAAGUGUUCGACGGUUGGGAUUCAAGGCAUAGCUUGGUCGUUUGGUGGCAUGAUCUUUGCACUUGUCUACUGCACCGCUGGCAUCUCAGGGGGACAUAUUAACCCGGCGGUGAUAUUUGGGCUGCUACUAGCAAGGAAGUUGUCAUUGACGAGAGCAGUGUUCUACAUGGUGACGCAGUGCCUUGGUGCAUUUUGUGGUGCUGCUGUUGUCAAGGGCUUCGAAGGGACAACCCAGUACAAGUUUCUUGGUGGUGGUGCUAACUUUGUCAACCAUGGUUACACCAAAGGCUACGGUCUCGGUGCUGAGAUUGUCGGAACCUUUGUCCUUGUUUACACCGUCUUCUUCGCCAUCGACGCCAAGCGUAGUGUUAGAGACUCCCACGUCCCUAUAUUGGCACCAUUGCCAAUUGGGUUCGCAGUGUUCUUGGUGCACUUAGCCAUUGCUUAA